UCCAUCCUAGUUUGCAGUUCAGAACCAGAAGACGUCCAGGCCGAAGCACAAAAUAGCACAAGCCUUCUCAUUACCUGGAAAAGACCUCGGGUUGUGUAUGAUGCAGUGAUUGAGAGAUAUGUAGUCUAUUAUCAACAACUACAGGGGGAAGAUCAAACAAAACAUGAAUAUCUAACAGAUGGCUACCAGGAUUUAGGUGCAAUUUUAUAUAAUGUAAUGCCAAACACAAGUUAUGUCCUCCAAGUUGUGGCAAUGUGCACCAAUAGCCUUUAUGGAAAACGCAGUGACCAGGUGGUUGUUGACAUGAUGCUGGAUGGGCCAGGAAAUGACCCAUAUAUUGAUGUAACUGAAACAGAAGAGGAAAUAGAGGACAACGAUGAGGACAUACAAGGAAAAUCGGAUAACAUGCAUGAAUUAACUUCACGCACUACUAUUACCAAAAAUCAAUUGCAAGAACAAGGGACCCAAGAACCAACUGUUCAUAAUUUGGAAGAAUUUAAGUUAUAUAAAGCAACACCAGAAACUUUGCAGCUACAUGAGCGUGAUAGUCUUAAGAAUUUGUUGUAUCCUACUUUACAAGCUACAUCCAAAACAUAUGUUGCUACAACUUCCGAUAUGCAUAAGGAAGUUUUGAAAACCAGUGAACAAAGGGAAGAUGAUGAAGACAAAAGAAACACAGAGCUAAAAAGCAGGGUUGACAUAUUGAUGCUUAAUGACUCCGUCACUACCAAAUCACCCUCAGCAAACGAUGUCCAGACCAGUGCUAGUAAUGAUCUACUACUGACGACAACCAGCUGGAAAAAGAGGGUUUUAAUGCCUACCCGGAGACCUCAGAAUGUUAUUAGUGACACUUCUGUCACUACUUUGACUACUUUUUCUACAGCAUUUACAUCAGAUGAGACAUCUCCAACAGAUCCAGUUUCCUCACGAGCUCCAGAAGAACAUACCAGUGAAAACAUCCAGUCUAGCAUCUAUGAAGUCAAUAAAAGCACACUGCGUGAUGAGAAAUAUGAAGCAUUUAAUGCUACUUCCCAACCUGAAGUUCCUUCUGAUGAGAGGAGGCUAGACAUGAGUUCUGUUACUACAUCUGAGAUUGCAUUGUCAUCCUCAUCACAACCACCACUGUCCUCUUCUCCAAGCAAAGAAGAUCUAAAGCCAUCUGCUAUUCUUCCUGAAAUAAUGAAACCCUACUUUUCAACUUCUACUUUUUCCCCAGUUGAAACAUUUCAGCCUAUCUCCCCAAGCUUUGGACAAAAAGGCUCUGCUUCACCGAGUGAGGUAUUCGCUCAGACAACACAACCAAUGUUUAAUGCUGAUUCUCCAAACAGUGAGAGUCCUAGCACAUUAUCAGUGUUAACUGCUACAUCUCAAACACCAACUGAUGUGUUGUCUACUGUCAGCUCUGAUACCAAAACGGGCUCUUCUGUAGUGGAUGAUGGUUAUCUUGUUGUAGCUAGUACAGAUUCCACAUCACAUACAGAAACCCAAGAAAGUGUGGUAGCUGAUGUUAGUAGUUAUAUACAGCCCGUAUCGGUGAAGAAUAAUUUGAACUUGAGUGAACUCAGUGAGACAGCAGAAGAAGGAAGUGCCUUGUCAACAGCUGCAUCGGACAUUCAAAUAAGUGCAGACCUUGAAGAAAGAAGCUUUUCUACAACCCCAAGCACUGAACCUAAGAAGCAGAGUGACAUGACUUUACUGGAGACCCGCAUCCAGACGGAGUACAUGGCCGUGGAAAAUACAUCUGAGUCAAAUUCUUGGGCAGUACUGACUAGUGAUGAAGAAAGCGGUUCGGGUCAAAGUACCUCAGAUAGUCUUAGUGAUAAUGAGACUUCUACAGAUUUCAAUUUUUCUGACCUUAUUGACAGAGACAAAGACUUUGAGGUUGCAGUUGAACCAGGUAAAGCAGAUUUAACGCCUGGAUCUGAAAUGUCAACACUUCCAUCUGUAACUAGUGAUCGUUCAACAGUAGCCAACGUGUCUGAGGCAGAGGCAAGUAAUAGUAGCCAUGAGUCUCGUGUUGGUCUAGCAGAAGGUCUGGAAUCACGAGAGAAGACAAUUAUACCACUUGUGGUCGUGUCAUCCCUUGACCUUUAUUUGUCUUGUGGUUCUUGUUGGUAUUCUUAUAUACUGGCGGAAAUGUUUUCAGACUGCCCACUUUUACUUGGAGGAUAGCACAUCACCACGGGUCAUUUCCAACCCUCCAGCUCCAGUGUUUCCUGUUUCAGAUAACGUUGGAGCAAUACCUUUAAAGCAAUUUCCCAAACAUGUUCGUGAUCUGCAUUCAACGAAUGGAUUUGCAGAAGAAUUUGAGACUCUUAAAGCAUUUUAUCAGGAAGUUCAAAACUGCACUGCUGAUUUGGGAAUAACAUCUGAUAGCUCAAACCACCCAGACAACAAAAAUAAGAACAGAUACAUAAACAUUGUAGCCUAUGAUCACAGCAGAGUUAGGCUUUCACAAAUGGGAGACAAAGAUGGAAAGACGACUGAUUACAUAAAUGCAAAUUAUGUUGAUGGCUACAACAAGCCCAAAGCAUAUGUUGCUGCUCAAGGACCACUAAAAUCAACUGCAGAGGAUUUCUGGAGAAUGAUAUGGGAGCACAGUGUAGAAGUUAUUGUCAUGAUCACCAACCUGGUUGAAAAAGGAAGAAGAAAAUGUGACCAGUAUUGGCCAAGUGAUGGCAGCGAAGAAUAUGGCACUUUUUUGGUCACGCAGAAAAGCAUUCAAAUCCUGGCCUAUUACACUGUGCGCAUCUUCACUCUUCGAAACACCAAGAUCAAGAAGGGUUCCCAAAAAGGGAGAGGAAUUGAGCGUGUGAUUACACAUUACCAUUAUACACAAUGGCCUGACAUGGGAGUUCCUGAAUACACUCUUCCAGUUCUUACAUUUGUCAGAAAGGCUUCAGCUGCCAAGAAAUCUUCCAGUGGACCUGUCGUUGUACACUGUAGUGCUGGAGUGGGAAGGACUGGAACAUACAUUGUUUUGGAUAGUAUGCUUCAGCAAAUUCAGCAAGAAGGAACAGUAAACAUUUUUGGCUUUCUAAAACAUAUUCGCUCUCAAAGGAAUUAUCUGGUGCAAACAGAGGAGCAGUACGUCUUCAUUCACAAUGCUUUAGUGGAGGCUAUUCUAAGCAGAGAAACAGAGGUACCAGAAAAUCACAUUCACGCCUAUGUUAAUGCUCUUCUAACAACGGGCCCAUCUGGGAAAACAAGACUGGAGAUGCAGUUCAAGAUGCUGAGUGAACCCAACAUCCUCCAGUGUGACUACUCCACAGCAUUAAGGUCACAAAACAGGGAUAAAAACAGAACGUCAUCCAUCAUACCAGUUGAACGUUCAAGAGUAGGCCUGUCAUCCAUGGUUGGAGAAGGAACAGAUUACAUUAAUGCAUCCUAUGUCAUGGGAUACCAUGAAAGCAAUGAGUUCAUAAUUACACAACAUCCAUUAUUGCACACAAUUAAAGAUUUCUGGAGGAUGAUCUGGGAUCAUAAUUCACAGACAAUUGUAAUGUUUCCUGAUAACCCAAAUAUGGCUGAAGCUGAAUUUGUUUACUGGCCAAACAAAGAUGAACCCAUUGCCUGUGAAAAUUUCACAGUGAGCAUGGUAGGGGAAGACCAAAUCUGUCUCUCAAAUGAGGAAAAAAUGAUAGUACAAGAUUUUAUUUUAGAAGCUACCCAAGAUGACUAUGUGCUGGAAGUUAAGCAUUUCCAGUGUCCAAAGUGGCCAAAUCCUGACAGCCAGAUAAGUAAGACAUUUGAACUUAUUAAUCUAAUUAAAGAAGAAGCAGCCAAUAAAGAUGGACCUAUUGUCGUACAUGAUGAAUAUGGUGGAGUAACGGCAGGAACAUUCUGUGCAUUGUCAACCCUCAUGAACCAGCUGGAGAAAGAAAAUUCUGUUGAUGUUUAUCAAGUGACCAAGAUGAUUAAUCUGAUGCGACCUGGACUAUUUACAGACAUAGAGCAGUAUCAGUUCUUAUAUAAAGCUAUUCUGAGUCUUGUAAGUAGCAGACAGGAAGCAAGCCCGGCGGUUUGUGUGGAGAGCAAUGGAUCUGCACUACCAGAUGGAAAUACUUUGGAAAGCUUGGAGUCUUUAGUAUAA